CGGAACCAGAUCCCCUCACUUUUUAUCCCAUCUUUGGCUCCGGCGAGCUAUGCGAGCAUGCGGCACCACCAAGCCUGCAGCCGCGCUCACCAGGUGGGCGCUCUGGUCCUCGUCUCUGCCACCUUCCUCCUCACCCGCCUCUUCGACCGCUUCCUCCUCGACACAUAUUCCUCCGCCCCCAUAAACCCCGGCCGGCCCUUCUCUUCCGCUGACCUCCGCAUCUACGUCUACGCUGAGGACGAGAUCCAGGGCCUCCGCGCCCUGCUCCGGGGACGCGACGGCACCAUCAACGCCGCCACAUGCCUCAAGGGCCAAUGGGGCACCCAGGUCAAGGUCCACCAAUUUCUUCUAAAGUCAAGGUUCAGAACAUUUAACAAGGAUCACGCAAAUCUCUUCUUUGUUCCGAGCUAUGUCAAGUGUGUUCGCAUGACAGGGGCACUAAGUGACAAAGAAAUCAAUCAGACCUAUGUCAAGGUUCUGAGUCAGAUGCCAUAUUUCCGUAGAUCAGGUGGGCGCGACCACAUUUUUGUCUUCCCAAGUGGUGCAGGCGCUCAUCUGUUUCGUUCAUGGGCAAUAUUUCUGAAUCGAUCUAUUAUCCUUACUCCAGAGGGUGACCGGACUGACAAACGUGGUACGAGUGCAUUUAAUACAUGGAAAGAUAUUAUUAUACCUGGGAACGUGGAUGAUUCUAUGGUGAAGUCUGAUGCUCCUGCUGUCCAACCAAUCCCGCUAACAAAAAGGAAGUACUUAGCCAACUUCCUUGGACGUGCCCAGGGGAAAGCAGGACGCCUUCAACUGGUGGAGCUUGCAAAGCAGUAUCCUGACAAGCUGGAAUCUCCAGAACUCAAGUUAUCUGGCCCCAACAAAUUGGGAAGGAUCGAGUACUUCAAGCACCUGAGAAAUGCAAAGUUCUGCUUGGCUCCACGUGGAGAGUCAUCUUGGACACUUCGGUUCUACGAGUCCUUCUUUGUGGAAUGUGUGCCAGUGAUUUUGUCAGAUGAAGUUGAGCUUCCUUUCCAGAAUGUGAUCGACUACAGUGAAAUCUCGAUAAAGUGGCCGUCGUCCAGGAUUGGACCUGAACUCCUUGAGUACCUUGAAUCAAUAUCAGAUGAAAGGAUCGAGGAAAUGAUUGGUCAUGGGCGUGAGAUGAGAUGCUUGUGGGUGUAUGCAGCUGAUACUGAGCCGUGCUCUGCCAUGAGCGGUAUCCUGACGGAGCUGCAGAAGAAAGUGCGGCGGUUCCAUCAAUCGCCGGAAACGUUCUGGCUGCACAACAGAACAAUUGUGAAUAGAGAUCUGAUUGAGUUCCACAGCUGGAAGACGCCUGUUCCGUUGCCAUGAACCAUGUAUUCUGAUUUCAACUAUAGCCGGCAUCUGUUUCUGUACCAUGUUAGACAUUUUUCUUGUGAAGCUGUGUUUGUUGUUGUUCUUGCUAAUCUUGAGAAUAAACACAUACAUCGUGUUAAGGAUUGACAAUAGUACGCU